AAUCCCCAAAAUCAAUUAUUUUUUCUUUGAUACAAGAUAACAAAUAAAAGGCAUAGAACUCAACGACACCGUUUUCAUCGCUCUGUCUUCUUCAUUCACCAUUGAAACGUCAAAAACUGUAACAAUGAAGACGACAACGCAGCUUCUCGAUCUAACGGCGGCUAUGGUUCUUCUCAUCUACGUGGCUUUCUCUCCGCCGCUCGUUUCCGGCGACCCAGGGCGGAGCGUUAGCAUGACUCUAGUUCGAGACGCCGCUGCUCUCGGUGCUUUUUGCUUGGACGGGAGCUUACCGGCGUAUCAUUUAGACAGAGGCUUUGGUGCUGGAUCAAACAAUUGGCUUUUACAGUUUGAGGGAGGAGGAUGGUGCAAUGAUAUAGCAUCAUGUGUGGAUAGAGCAAAGACCCGUCGAGGCUCGACGCGUUAUAUGAGCAAGACCGUCGUCUUCACCGGAGUCUUGAGCAAUAACGCCUCUCAAAAUCCAGAUUUUUACAACUGGAACAAAGUCAGGCUUAGGUAUUGCGACGGAGCUUCAUUUGCGGGAGAUUCACAAUAUGGCAACGGGACGUCAUUGCUUUAUUUCAGAGGACAACGAAUAUGGAAUGCCAUUAUUCUUGAUCUUCUCCCCAAAGGUUUAGCAAAAGCCCACAAGGCUCUUCUAACCGGUUGUUCAGCUGGUGGUUUGUCUACAUUUUUGCAUUGUGACAAUUUCACGAGCUAUUUGCCCCAAAACGCAAGUGUUAAGUGCAUGAGUGACGCUGGAUUCUUUCUUGACGCAAUCGAUAUAGCAGCAAACCGGACAAUGAGAUCUUUUUACACACAGCUUGUUUCUCUACAGGGUAUACAAAAAAACCUUGAUCCAAGUUGCACUCACGCAUUUUUUCCCGAACCAUCUCUGUGUUUUUUCCCGCAAUACGUAUUGCGAUUUAUCAAAACGCCAUUUUUCAUCUUAAAUUCAGCUUACGAUGUAUUCCAGUUUCAUCAUGGAUUGGUUCCACCUUCUGCUGAUCGAACCGGUCGUUGGAACCGUUGUAAGCUUAAUGUGACAUCAUGUAAUCCACACCAACUCGAUGUACUCCAAGGGUUUAGGAAAGAUAUGUUGGGAGCUUUAAUGAAUUUCUUCAGAAAUUCUACAAGAGGAGGAAUGUUUAUAAACUCAUGCUUUGAUCAUUGUCAAAGUGCUUUAGAGGAGACUUGGCUCUCUCCCACAUCACCAAGAAUUAACAAUAAGUCAAUUGCUGAGACGGUCGGAGAUUGGUAUUUUGGGAGAGGAGAAGAAACGAAAGAAAUUGGUUGUCCAUAUCCAUGUGAUAAAACGUGUCAUAAUCUCAUUCCAGCUUCUACUUCAGAUUUUUUGGCUUCUAAUGCUUCAGGUUCAGGCCAUAACUAUCGCGACGCAGCGGCGACGCUACGAAUCGAUCUCCAAUCAAUUCACUCUCUUUCUCGUCGCAGAUCCAAAUAUCUCCAUCAGGUUCGUUGCGCCGCCACCACUACCACCACCGGCGGCACCAAUUCCAGUUGUGUUGAUACCGAAGGAACCAUAGCCUGCGGCGGCGGAACCAAGGGUCGCAAGGUUUUCGUUAGUCAUCAUCGUUAGGUCUUUCAUAGCCGAGACGUUUUUUUUAACUUAUGGUUCUGGUCGUUUCUUACGACGGAUCUUGAUUCUAUUCUUGAUUCAAGAUUGGUUCUUUAUACCAUUAUAGUUCCGAUUUAGCUUCUAGUUUCUCAUCUAGGUAUGCACUAUUGUACUCAAUCUCUGUUCUUUAGGUCUAAUACUACUACUGAGUUUCUAAGAAACAACUAACGAUAGU